AUGGCAUCUUCAUCUUAUAUUGGAAAUGGUAAUGGCUAUACAAAACGUUCUCGUCGUAGUGAGCCAACCAUUGUCCAAGUAAAAGAAGAAGUGAUUGAAAUGGGUAAUAAUAAUGAUCCAUAUCAAUCACCUUAUGAGCAAUUACUUCAACAGGAAACUGUACCAAUACCAGUUGUUGUACCACCAAAAAAACCUAAAGAACAAAAAUGUCGUUGGGAUCGUUGUACACAUACAGGUGAUAUUAAUGGAUCUUUAUUUGAACAUCUUCUUGAACAUGUUAAUGCACAAAAGAAUAGCAAAAAAGAACAAAUGUGCCUUUGGGUUGGAUGUCGAGUUUAUAAAGUAGCAUCACGAAGUGUUAAUUAUUUAGAAAAACAUAUUCAUAAACAUACAAAUGAAAAACCAUUUCGAUGUGUUUUUGAUAAUUGUAUGGAACAAUUUACAACACAAUUUGGACUUGAAAGACAUGUUCAAACACAUUUUAGACAACAAGAUGCUUCAAUGCUCUUUGAUACUAGUGGUGAAACAUCAAUGAUUGGAACAACUGAUUUUGAUGUUUUAAAUGGUGACGAAAAUCAUCGUUCGUAUCUACGUGGUGGAAGUAUAAAUGGUUCAUAUCAAAAUAUGCUUCUUCAACAAGUUCAACAUCAAUCAAAUGAGAAAAAAGCUAAUCGAAAACGUCGAGCUAAAAUUAAUGGAGUACCUGUUGCGUACGGUAAAUAA